AUGUCCUUACACUGUGCGCAGUCACAGCACAGUGAGUGGCCGAUGAUCAGCAAACGAUUUACUCUGCAAGAUGAGGAGUUUGGUGAAGAAAGACUUGUCUGCUUCAUUAAAGCACCACCUUCAAUCCAUAAGAACGUCCAGUGCAGAUUUAUGGAUGACAUUAGCUCUUUAGUGGUAUCGGAUUCAGAAGAACUUGUCAGCAAUGUUGUGAAUAUAGCUAGUCUUGAUGAUCACCUUAAAAUCCCUUUCCCAAUUAGUAUUUCAAUUCCAUUCAAUAGUCAUUACAGAGGAAGUUAUAAGGAUGUGAUGGUAAAAGUCACUGAUGAAAAUGUACAGUCAAGUUAUUUAACGCCUAUCUCUUUAGAAGGACAUCAUGGCAAAUACAAGGGAAGUUUUGCAGAGGUUAAAGUGUACAAGCUUGGCACAUUUUCUGUGGUUUCAUGUUUGAAGAAAGAGAAUUUUACUGUUCUUAAAAAAGGAUUAUCUUUAAAGCUGAGCGUGGAUUCACGGAUUUCCUUAAAUUACCCCCCGGGCUGCUUCAGCUCUUCAGUAAUUGUGCAGUUUAAGGUUCAACCAAUAGAUACAUCAUUGAUCUCUUUACUGAAAGCAAAGCAUGAUAUAUAUCAUCCGGUUGUGUCAAGCAGCCCAGUCAUUGAAGUGAAACAGCCAUCAGUUCAGGCUUUCCGCAAGUCUGUCACAGUUUUCCUUCCAUGCCCUCCGAACCCAGAGAAAAAGAAGGCAGGAGAUGAUGCAGAAAAUAAGAGGGCAGCAAGCGCUGCAGCUUCAAAAACCACAGGAACACGUCAGAUUCGAGCAGUUAGUGCCUCAGUGAGGAAACACGGUGAUAAUCCUAGUGAAUUACUGAAACUGCUGGUAUUAAAAGAAGAUCAGUGGAUUGUUUUAGACGACAUUGUGGUAAAAAAUGUUCAGAAUGGCAUAGUCUCAUUUGAAGUGACUGAACAUAUGCAGAGAUUUAUUGUAGUCCGUCUUUCCUCAGCUAUGGACAACACUCACUUGAUUAGCUUUAUUCAGAGCCUGGAAUAUGCUAUCUACAGCUCAGUGGUCCACGUUGUACUAUAUAGAAAAAUUGAUAACUAUAAAAAAGCCAUUGUUGAGCUGGUUCCAUCCAAGGAAUUACAUUGGGAAAUUCCUGCUCUAAGUGAGGCAGGAUACACUGGACCCCCUGAACCAUCUGAGCCAAUUGAGCUUCAAGAGGGAGACCAAAUUCACUUUAGAUUUUGUGGAAACAUAACGGCAUCAGAUGGUCAAGAGUCCGGAAAUACAUUUAAACUCACAUUUCAUUCACAAAGAAUGCAGAAAAAGUACUUGGACCUAAGUGUUGUGGAUGAGUUUGGAAACUAUAGUUCCCCACAUUAUAAGGGGACUGCUGCCUUUUAUAUAAUAUCCAAAGAAGAAGUUUCAGGAAGUUACAAGUCGGGACUGUCCAAAGACAAUUAUAUACAGCAACGGAAUCCAGUCUGCAAGCUGUCAGUAAUGCUUCCAAAGGUGGAAAAAAAUAUCAGUCGUCCAUCAAGUACAAAACCAUUGACAUUGGGUCCUAGAGAUAUGUUGUGGGACAGUAUUCUCAAAUGGGUGGCUCAAGAACUUUCAGAAGAAGAUGCUUCAGAGCUGUUACUUUCUCUACCGAUUCAUCGCAGUACUAUCCAGCUAGUGAGACUAAAAAGCCCACAUAACUUGACUAAUCAGAUCUAUGAAUUACUGAGUCUCUGGAAGAAAAGACUUCCCACAUCAAUAGAUAAGUUUCCACUUUUAGCUCGACAUCUGCACAAAAGUGGGAGAAGCGAUCUAGUGGAGCAGAUGAAAGUGAAAUGGGAGCCCAACAUGCAUGGAGUAGCAACCCUUUAAACUUUCAAGGAAAUUCUUCUGUAUUUAUUUUUUAUUUUUUUUAACAAACAUUUGAAAGGGUGAAUA